AUGUUAUUCUUCCUCUUCUUUUCUCUGUCUUUCUCUCUCUCUCUCUCUCUCUCUCUUUCCCUCUGCCGCGCUCUUAGUCUGCCUCUUCUUGUCUUUCUCUCUCUCUCGCUUUCGCAUUCUUCUUUUACUUCUUCUUUCACUACCUUCCGCUCACUCUUCCGCGCUCUUGUUCUCUCUCUUCACUCUGUCUGCCUCUCUCUCUCUCUCUCUCUUCUGCAGUCUUCUUCUUCCUCCUCUUCUCUCUGUCUUUCUCUGUCUCUCUCUGUCUCUCUCUCUCUCUCUUCUGCGCUCUUAUUCUUCCUCCUCUUCUCGGUGUCUUUCUAUCCCUCUUUCGCGCUGUUAUUCUUCCUCUUCUUCUUUGUCUUUCUCUGUCCCCUCAGCGCUCAUAUUCUUCUCCCUCUUUUCUCUGUCUUUCUCUGUCUCUCUCUCUCUCUCUUUCGCGCUGUUAUUCUUCCUCCUCUUCUCUCUGUCUUUCUCUCACUCUUCCGCGCUGUUAUUCUUCCUCUUUUCUUUGUCUUUCUCUCACUCCUCCACGCUGUUAUUCUUUCUCUUUUUCUCUCUGUCUUCUUCUUCUUCUUCUUCUUUCUGUCUGCCGAACUCUUCCGCGCUAUUAUUCUUCCUCCUCUUCUCUCUUCCUUUCCAUUUCUUUACAUCUUUUCUCUUUCUGUUACUUUUCAAUAA